AUGGAUCCAGCAACAAUCAUCGGGACCACAUCGGCUGUCCUGAGCUUCGUUCAAUUUUCAGGGAAGAUUAUCAAGACCGGGGCGGAGUUGCACUCCAAGAAGACCCACGCCACCGAGACCAAUGAAUCCUUCGAGGAAUCGGUGACAGACUUCGAAGAGAGGGUUGCGGUAUUGAAAACGAAGACAUCUCACGCGGGCAUCUCCCACAGUAAUCACUCUUCGAGGACAGAUGAUGUCUGGAACGACCUUCUGCGUUGUAGUAGUGAAUGCGAGAAACUAGGCAGGAGAAUCUCCGGACUACUGGCGAAAUGCAAGGCCAAGACGAAGCCUCCGCGUGUAGGAAUUCGAGAACGCCUCAACAUAAAGCUAUCUGCUACACACAAGGCGGAACGGUCGCUUAGAGCAGAAUUGAGCCUCAUAGAAGUAAUGAGGGCCAGUGUGGUCACCGUGUGGACAAGCGAUGAGAUCGAGUAUUUACUCACUCACAUGAGUCCUAGGCUCGAGUCGUCCCAGCGCUUCGAUUGCUUGGUCGAGAUGUUUCAGCAUCAUUCAAGUCAACUUGGAACCAUCCAGUCACUUGUCCAAGAACUCGUCGAUAAAUCGCAGAACCUAAAUUUGACCUCGAUGGACCUCUACAAUGACUAUCGAAAAGCGAAUUCGACUUCCGCUCAACAAGUUAGAAACCGCGGUUGGAUUCUAAAUGCCCUCGCCUUUCCUGGUAUGCAAUCGAGACGGGAUCAGAUACAAAGCGAUAUCGGUAAAACCUUCAAAUGGAUUGCCUCAUACGAACCCUUGAUGCAAUGGCUGGAUUCUACAGACGGCAUUUAUCACAUUUCUGGAAAGCCAGGAAGUGGUAAGAGCACUAUGAUGAAGUUCAUCGAUGGUAACCCCGAUAUUCACGAACGACUCGACAGAUGGGCGAAACUUGACAACAAAUCAUUGCUCAAAGCUAGCUUUUAUGCAUGGAAACCCACUUCUGACUUUUUCGAAUGGAAGCCUGAGGAUUCUUCAUGCAUGGAACUGCUCAUACGGUCAUUACUUCACCAGUUACUCACGAGCACACCAGAACACAUCCCAACUGUGUUCUCCAAGUACUGGAGUCCAGAGAGAUACACUGUGUUCAAUACUUUAACACAGACAGAAGAAUCGAAACUUAGAUUCAGUUUCUCUGAGCUUCAAACUGCUCUGAAUGAAUUGCUUGAUAGAUAUCUCACACAGUCAAACCGGAUCUUCUUCCUCAUCGAUGCUAUGGACGAAUUCGGCCAUCCAUACAGGCACGAACAGCUUGCACAGACCAUUCGAAGCUGGUGUCACCGCAGCCCACUAAAUAUCAAGAUCUGUAUAUCAAGCAGGGAGGACAACCCGUUUCUCAACACGUUCCCCGCUCAACAACGAUUACAGCUACAUCUCCAUACGACUGAUGACAUCAAGGAACUGGUCACAACACGCCUGACUAGUGAUUCUCAUUUUCAGUCAGACAGCUUCAAAAUGCAGGACCGAGAGAAGCUGAUUGGCAAAAUCGUCCGUGACGCCCAAGGCGUGUUCGUAUGGGUGGUUUUCACUAUUAAUGAACUUCUGCGUCUUCUAACCGACCGACAAGACUUCGAGGCUCUUAAAACUGAGGUUGAUACAUUCUGUGCCAAAGAGAUGAACGAGUUUUUCGCAGAGAUAUUCAAUCGCAUCCCGUGUCAAUAUCGCCGGGAGGCAAGAGCGAUUUUCUCAAUAGUGGGCAUAGUAUCAGCGCAUGGCAUGCAAAGCCAAUUCUAUUUGCAGCACUACGCGGCGAUAUCGAAGUGCCUGAACCCCUCAGCAACUGACUCUCAGUCAAACUCGCACCAGAAUUUGACGCAUCAGGCCGUGCACGAAGUUGAACAAUUCAAGUCCCGUCUACCUUCCAUAUCGAGAGGAAUGCUGGAAAUGUCGAGAGGAUGGCUGGAAAUGGCGAGAAGAUCGCGGGGUUGGAAGUACUCCCCCGAUAGUGACGAAAAAGCAGCAUUCAUGGUUUCACAGAGGCUGCAGUUUAAUCACCGCUCCGUGUACGACUUCUUCAAGGAUAACCCUGAUGUUCUUGUCAACGCCGGUCAUGAUGGGCUUCCCAUCGACAGCUUAAGCCUCAUUUUGAGGUCAUCUGUGCGAGUAGUCAACAUGACCAUACCACCAGAUGACUGUCACAAGGAAAAGCAGCAUGAGAUUCCUUGUGAAAAGAUACUGGAUCGCAUAAACCUGCACGAAGUGAAGGUAUUAUCACUUCACUGGACUUGGCUCGAAGAUAAACUAGACCGCGUAGACCUUGGAAACCGAUUCGGACUCAAGGUCACAGUCGGAGAUGAUCCCGAAGGUCAGUUGAUUCAAGGCCCACAAUUGACGAGUAACAAGUACGACACGAGGAUCAUCAGAUAUCUCAUUUGGAAUUUUGGGACUGCCUCAGGGAAGGCAUCAUUGAGGGAUGUAUUCGAAAGGCGCCCGAUACCUCUUAGUCCCCGCCAUAAAGAGUCGGUCGAGUUAAGGGAAAAGACGCUCCGGGCUAUGGAUGAGGCGCUGGCCCGCGCAGAAUCGGCCGCUGAAUCCCAUGCAUCAGACGAGCAGCUUAAAGACAAGGGAGAAGAUGAAGAUCUCGCUAUUGAAAGGCUGCAGACUAAGGACGACAGAUGUUGGGAGAACAGACCUGCUCGUUCCAGUCAACAGAUCCGAUCAGUAGAGACCGGGGGAGUCUGGACGGAAUUCGCAUAUCUGGUGCUAUUUGGCUCAGGCAAGUUCAUCUCACUCAGGGUCUGGAGAGGAAAGAAACCAGAAGUUCUAUAUUGCUGA